AUGAAGGAUCACGACGGAACGGCCCACCAGAGGAAGCCCACGAAACUUAGGAAUCUCACGGACAAGACGGAGGCGUUCGACUCCCUGCACGUGAAAAAUGCCGAGAGAACUCUUUGCUCGGGUCAAGUCUGUCUCGGUAGUGUGAUGCAGCUGCCGACUCACGGAACCGAGCCGCGCACGAAAGAGGAAACGUUAAUUCAUGCGAAAGACUUCCUAGAGCAGUAUUUCACUUCCAUCAGAAGGUUGAACAGCGAUGCCCAUCGUGCCCGUUGGGAGAGCGUUCAGAGAGAAGUGGUCGCCACUGGUACUUAUCAAUUAACGGAAACGGAAUUGGUUUUCGGCGCAAAAUUAGCGUGGCGGAACGCCGCGAGAUGCAUCGGUCGCAUACAAUGGUCGAAAUUGCAGGUUUUCGAUUGUCGUUACGUCACGACCACGAGCGGUAUGUUCGAGGCUUUGUGCAACCACAUAAAGUACAGCACGAACAAAGGGAACAUCAGAUCAGCGAUAACAAUAUUCCCGCAACGUACCGAUGGGAAGCAUGACUAUAGAGUGUGGAAUCAGCAAUUAAUUAAUUAUGCGGGAUACAAAAAUCCAGAUGGCACCAUUCAUGGCGAUCCUGCCAAUGUGGAAUUUACAGAGGUCUGCAUGAAGUUAGGAUGGAAAGGUACGGGGACUAGAUUCGACAUACUGCCGUUGGUUUUAUCCGCCAACGGACACGAUCCGGAUUACUUCGAUAUCCCCAGCGAUCUGGUGCUCGAAGUGCCCCUCAUUCAUCCUACAUAUGAUUGGUUUGAGAAACUGGGCCUGAAGUGGUUUGCCGUUCCGGCUGUGUCCGGGAUGGUUUUCGAUUGCGGCGGUCUGGUCUUCACCGCGGCACCUUUCAACGGCUGGUACAUGAGCACCGAAAUUGGCUCCCGAGAUUUAUGCGACACGCAAAGAUACAAUAUGCUUCAGACAAUAGCGACGAACAUGGGUCUGGACACAAGGACAUCCAUAUCGUUGUGGAAAGAUAAGGCAAUGAUUGAAGCUAACGUCGCAGUACUGCAUAGUUUUCAGAUGAAGAAUGUGACAAUCGUGGAUCAUCACACAGCUUCGGAAUCCUUUAUGAAGCAUUACGAAAACGAGAUGCGUCUUCGAAAUGGUUGUCCCGCGGACUGGCUGUGGAUCGUGCCGCCGAUAUCCGGAUCUGCAACACCGGUGUUUCAUCAGGAAAUGGCGCUUUAUCAUUUGAAGCCCUCCUACGACGCCCAGGAUCCGGCGUGGAAAACUCACGUGUGGAAGAAGGGACGCGAUAAGAAAGCAACGACGAAAAAACCAAGACGGAAGUUCCAUUUUAAGCAGAUUGCGAGGGCCGUGAAGUUUACAUCUAAGCUGUUCGGACGAGCUUUGUCGCGCCGGAUAAAGGCAACGGUGUUGUUCGCCACGGAAACUGGCACGUCUCAAAUGUACGCGGAGAAGCUGGGCGAAUUAUUGGGCCACGCUUUUCAUUCUCAGGUGCUUUCAAUGGCGGAAUACGACAUCAGUAACAUAGAACACGAGGCUCUACUGUUGGUGAUAACUUCUACCUUCGGAAACGGAGAUCCACCAGAAAACGGAGAAGUUUUCGCACAGAACCUCUACGCGAUGAAAAUGAACGACGCCUAUAUAAACAGCGAAAAUAAAAUAAGUCUGGCGACCUCGAAAUCAUUUAUCAAGGCCAACAGCCAAACGGAAGUGAGCGGAUCGAAAAAGUUGGAUAGGCUGGACUCCCUGCGUGGCUCCACGACGGAGUCACAAGCCGAAGAUACAUUCGGGCCUCUCAGCAAUGUUCGGUUUGCGGUAUUUGCGUUGGGCUCGUCCGCGUACCCGAACUUUUGCGCGUUCGGCCGUUACGUCGACAACCUGCUGGGCGAAUUGGGCGGAGAACGAUUGGCGCGCUUGGCCCAGGGUGACGAGAUGUGCGGACAGGAACAGACUUUUCGGAAGUGGGCAGCUGAUAUUUUCGCGGUUGCGUGCGAAACGUUCUGUCUGGACGACGACGACACGCUACUGGAAGUAGCCUUGUCUCUGGGUUCCGAGGCGUUAUCCGCGGCAACUGUUCGUUUUGUGGAAGCUGAGCCUCAACCGAUUGUCAAAGCGUUAAGCAAAUGCCACCACAGGAACGUAACAAUGUGCAAUAUGCUUCGGAAGAGCAACAUAAGCGGCGAUGAAUCGAGCGGGACAACACUGCUUCUGGAACUGGACGACAUAAUGGGCUUGGAUAUCUCUUACAAACCCGGCGAUCAUCUGGGGGUGUUUGCGUGCAAUCGAACGGAACUCGUGGAGAGAAUACUACAACGUGUACAGUCCACUUUCGACGCCGACACGCCGAUUGAAUUGCAAAUGCAAAAGCAAGCACACACACCCAACGGUAUCGUGAAAACGUGGAUACCUCAUGACAGAUAUCUACCGAACUCCUUCAGAAUGCUGCUCACUCGAUUUUUGGACAUUACGACGCCACCCACGCCGAAUCUGUUGAGAUAUUUCGCUUCGGUAGCCACAAACGCGAAAGAACGGGCGCAGCUUGAACUUCUGGCCUCUGAUCCGGCAGCUUAUGAGGAUUGGAGACACUGGAAGUUCCCCAAUUUGGCCGAAGUGUUGGACGAGUUUCCAUCCGUGACUCCGUUCGCUCCGUUGCUUCUGCUUCACCUGACACCCUUGCAACCGAGAUUCUACAGCAUCUCGUCAUCUCCGUGCGUGCACCGAGGACAGAUACACCUGACAGUCGCAGUGGUGCAAUACCAAACGCAAGGCGGCUUUGGACCGGUUCAUUUCGGUGUUUGCUCUAAUUAUCUGCAGAAAAUAUCCGACGGCGAACUGCUGUAUGUAUUUGUGCGAAGCGCGCCAAACUUCUACAUGCCGACGGAGACUGAAGCGCCGAUGAUAUUGGUGGGACCGGGUACUGGAAUUGCUCCUUUCCGUGGCUUCUGGCAUCACCGGCUCGCCCAGAUGAAACUUCAGCAGGACCAAACAUUCGGCAAAGUUUGGCUGUUCUUUGGCUGCCGCCAAAGAAGUUUGGACCUAUAUAGACAAGAGAAGAAAGAAAUGUUGGAGACUGGCGUUUUGAACAAGGUGUUUUUAGCGCUAUCCCGAGAACCUGGUCUCAAGAAGACCUAUGUGCAAGAUUUCAUCCAAGCGGAGACCCUUCAGAUUUACACAAUGUUGGUGCACGAGCGCGGCCACUUCUACGUUUGCGGGGAUUGCACAAUGGCGGAGGACGUUUAUCAGACCUUGAAGCACAUUAUACAAACGCACGGCCAAAUGACGGACAAAGAGGUCGAAGCGUACAUGUUAUCACUCCGGGAUGAGAAUCGUUACCACGAAGAUAUAUUUGGCAUAACGUUACGCACAGCUGAGGUGCACAAUCGGUCGCGGGAGACCGCCAGAAUUCGGAUGGCCGCCGAACCAUAAAAAUACCAGACUGACACAGAGAGCGUAGGGUCCGAGUGAUGAUUACUCGCACUUCAUGAAGGGUUGCUGUUCGUAUUAAUAAUUGUGACAUCGUGUGCGGGAAAACUCCAUUUAUUUACAAGCAGAGCGUGACCGAUCCUUCAGUUUUGUUUCGUCCGCCAUUCUCGUAGAUCCGUACAUCAUCGAUCGUAAUGAAAUAUCACAUCGGGAUUAUCACGUUCGCUGUACCGUAGUAACACGCAACGCAUACAAGGAUAUAGAAGCCAUUAAUUCUACCUGGUUCUUCUUAAACACGGAGA